UACUGGUGAGAGGAUUAUGAGAUUUGCCGCUCACUUGUAUGGCGCACCCCGGACCCACUGGAAGAACUUUCGCUCGAUAGGCCAAAAUACAACUCAAAUAUUCAAUGAUGCCUACUUUUGUGCAGAGGAGGCGACGCCAUAGAGGAGAAUUCAAGUAAGCCUAGUCCUCCUUCUCAUCCUAGCAUGAUUUUCAGGAAGUUGUGGCCGACACGUUUAGAACUUUGUCUUCUAAGGACCUGUGACUGCAGUGACACGCGUGGAGCAGCGGCUUGGCGUGUGCAUAGCGUGUGUUAUCCUUGAGAUGCGACCACCGCUCUGUGCCUUCCACAGCAAACCUCGGACAUGGGCCGCGCACGGACACCCAACCCCUGACCACCCUAAGGCACACUCCGCCCCCCUCCCUAUCUCUUCCCCUCUAUUUACUUCCAUCCCUCGCUCCCUCCAGCUCCCUCGCUAUCUCCAGCUCCCUCGCUAUCGGUAUGGUGUCCUUUGGUUCCUCCUGCUUGCCCCCCUGUGCCUUUGGCCCAUUGGACCCUCCGCUGUUCACGCUGCUCACUUCCGUGUCGGGGUGGUAGGGCCGUGGUCAUGUGACCCUCUCUUCUCCAAGGCGCUGCCGAGUGUGGCGGCCCAGCUGGCCGUCAACCGUAUCAACAGAGACCCUGUCCUCUCACUGGCAGCCACUUUUGAUUAUGUCAUUCUGGAAGAGAAGUGUGAGACUUCCAGGGCUCUGGAUGGGUUCAUGGGCUUCUAUACCAGGGCUACAGGCUUCAUCGGGCCGGCCAACCCUGGGUACUGUGACGCUGCAUCGCUACUGGGCAAGGGCUGGAACAAGGCGGUGUUUUCAUGGGGAUGUGUUGGCUAUGAGCUGGAUGAUGUCCGGAACCACCCUACCUUUGCACGUUCCAUGCCCCGACCCACCUGGGUGCUGAUCAGCCUCAUGCAGCACUUCCGCUGGGCACAAGUUGGCAUCAUUGCCUCCUCAGAGGACAGCUGGGUGGAGACCUCCAGCAAGGUGGCCAACUCUCUGAGGAGUCAUGGGAUGCCGGUGAGGCUGGUGGUUACCAUCGGUAACGACCCUGGUAGUGUCAGGAAGACCCUGGCCAAGCUCAAGAAGGUGGAGGACCUACGAUUGGUGAUCAUGUGUAUGCACUCUGCCCUGAUCGGAGGGGGACCUCAGAAGCUCCUGCUAGAAACAGCCCAGGACAUGAGACUGACCGAGGGAUCCCUGGUGUUCCUACCCUACGACACCCUACUCUACAGCCUACCCUACCACAACGUCACCUACCCUGCCCUGAGGAGCAACAGCAAGCUACUCAAGGCCUAUGAUGCAGUGUUGACAAUCACUAUAGACUCUCCCAAGACAUCUUUCUACCAGGCUUAUCAGGAGGCUAUAAACAGGGGAGAGAUAGCGGGGAAUGUCAAGCCAACACAGGUGUCUCCUCUGUUUGGGACCAUCUACAGCUCCGUGCUGUUCAUGGCCCAUGCUGUCCACAGGGUCAAGGCCUCAGGGGAGUGGCUCUCUGGGGGGAACCUGGCCCGACACACCCACAACUUGGCCUUCCAGGGCUUCAGCCACCCUGUGAGGACUAACAUGUCUGGAGCUGGUUUGGCUGACUACGUAGUACUGGAUACAGACGGAAAAACCUGGGACCUCAGGCCCACACACAGGAUAGAGAUGGCUGCUGACAUGGUGAGGUUCCUGGGUAGAGAUAUCCACUUCCCACACGGUAUCUCCCCCAAGACUGACUCCAACUGUUGGUUCAUCAAAGGCAUCAUCUGCACUGGAGGUGUGGAUCCGUUCUCUGCUGUUAGGAUCUUCCUGGGAUUCGUCCAGAUGGGUUUCGUCUUGUUUAUUCUAACCUACUGCAUCAAGCGACGCAUCAACCACAUCCGGUUGUUCCGGGGUCCCAACAAGAUCCUGCUCACCCUUGACGACGUCACCUUCAUCAACCCGUCGCUUAGCAACAAGAAGCUUAGUAUAGACAGUAACAGAAAGAUCAGUGAAGUCUCUCUGACGAGCCAUUCACAGCACAGCCCCACGUCCCCCUUCUCUGAACAAUCACCUGCUACCUACGAGAACUCCAACGUCGUCCUCUAUGAGGGAGACUGGGCGUGGCUGAAGAGACUACCUCAUGGCGCGUUCAGGAAUAUCAACCCCAAAACCAGUGACGUAUUUGAAUUGAUGAAGGACAUGCGUCAUGAGAACAUUAACCUUUUCCUGGGUUUCUUCCACGACUGUGGAGUGUUUGCCAUCGUAACCGAGUUCUGCACCAGGGGAAGCAUGGAAGACCUUUUGCUCAAUGAGGAUGUCAAACUGGAUUGGAUGUUCAAGUCAUCACUACUGCUGGACCUUAUUAAGGGUAUGAAGUACCUGCACCACAGGAACUUGUAUCAUGGUCGUCUGAAGAGCAGGAAUUGUGUGGUGGACGGACGCUUCGUCCUGAAGAUCUCUGACUACGGAUACAACGAGGUUCUAGAGGCAGCAAAGUUCCCCUACACAGAACCUCCUGCAGAGGACCUGUUGUGGACUGCCCCUGAGAUUCUGCGUGGCCCCUCCCCCGGUCUCUACGGCAGUCUCCAUGGGGACGUAUACAGCUUCGCCAUCAUCAUGCAGGAAGUGGUCAUGAGAGGCCCGCCUUUCUACAUGCUGGAGCAGUCUGCUGCAGAGUUGAUCCAGAAAAUCCGUAAGCCCCCUCCUCUGUGUCGUCCGGUGGUCUCCCCUGACUACGCCCCUAUGGAGUGUAUCCAGCUGAUGAAACAGUGUUGGAAUGAAGAGCCAGACAGACGGCCAUGCUUCGACGAGAUCUUUGACCUGUUUAAGAACAUCAACAAGGGCAGGAAGACCAACAUCAUAGACUCCAUGUUGAGGAUGCUGGAGCAGUACUCCUCUAACCUGGAGGAGCUGAUCAGAGAGAGGACUGAGGAGCUGGAGAUAGAGAAACAGAAGACUGAGAAACUACUCACUCAGAUGCUGCCACCGACGGUUGCGAAUGCCCUGAAGGUGGGUGGUACAGUGGAACCGGAGUACUUUGAUAACGUGACGCUGUACUUCAGUGACAUCGUUGGCUUCACCACCAUCUCAGCCAAUAGCGAGCCCAUCGAAGUGGUUGACCUUCUGAACGACCUCUACACGCUGUUUGACGCCAUCAUUGGCAACCACGACGUCUACAAGGUGGAGACGAUAGGCGAUGCCUACAUGGUGGCGUCAGGGUUACCGGUUGCCAACGGAGAUCGUCACGCUGCAGAGAUAUCCAACAUGGCGCUAGACAUCCUCAGUGCUGUGGGCACCUUCAAGAUGAGACACAUGCCUGACGUACCUGUACGGAUACGCAUAGGCCUACACUCAGGUCCGUGUGUGGCGGGGGUGGUGGGAUUGACCAUGCCUAGAUACUGUCUGUUCGGAGACACUGUCACCACAGCCUCUCGUAUGGAGUCCACUGGGAUGCCCUACAGAAUCCAUGUCCAUAACAGCACAGUUAAAAUCCUGCUGGAACUCAAGGCAGGAUACAAGGUGCAACUGAGAGGCAAAACUGACCUGAAGGGAAAAGGAGGAACAGAGGAGACCUACUGGCUCAUAGGGAAGGACAACUUUGAGAAACCUCUCCCCGUCCCCCCUGAAUUCAAGAAAGGGCAAAUGGCUCAUGGCCUGCAGAUGGAGGAGAUAGCGAGGUACAAGAAGAAAAAAGCUGAGAAACUGCAACAGCUUACAAAGAAGAAUAACUGAAUUACAUAAGGUCUGUCCAGGAGAUCAAGGACUUCAAGCUGCUCCUCCAGAAGGCUGUGAAGAAGAUCUCCACUGUCAGAACGGUGGCUAUGGUUACUAUGGUGGACGACGACAACGUCAUGAUGCACCACCACUGACCAAUCAGACUUCAUGACGCACCACCACUGACCUUUGACCCUAGCCAGAAAGAGGCAUCAUGGGAGCUACAGCAAAGGCAUAUUUUGACUCCAUUUUGAAUCAAUGGAACUUGUGGCAGACCAAUGAGGACCACCAAUCCUUACUGUCGCUCCAUGGUCAACGAGGAGGGAACAGCAGGGAGGGAGAGGACCCAGUGACAAGUUUGCAUCUGCAAGUUAUUGGUGAAUAUUCAGAAAGGGGCACUUACAAGUGUCUGGUCAUGCAUUGCCCAAGCAACAGUGUGUGCGUGCUCCUGCGUCUGCAUGCGCCUGUGUGUGUGUGUGUGACGGGGGAGGGGAAGUGAAAGGAUGUGCUGUGUAGAGAUUACUGCAGCUUGUUUUAAAUAUGAAGCAUCUUGCCGGACGGUAGGACGAUGAGUCACCUGGGCCAGGGACUAUUAUUAGAACUAUCAGUAGGACUAUUACUCAGUAAACCACGGAUCGGAUCUGUCCAGUGAGUCUACUCGCUUGGUCUCCCAUGAACGCUUUGCUCAAAGCCUCUUCCUACUUUUCUUCUCCUCCUAAUUUCCUCCUUCUCAUCCUCCUCUCUUCGCGCCCUGACGAAACAGUCUCUCUUGAUCGUCAUGCUCCCUGCAGUCCCACGUUUCGAGGAAGCACACUCUGUCCGUCUGCUGACUUACUGAAACGCCAGCUUUGCUUUUUCUUGUUCUUGCAUGUUGUGUUAUGUUGAUGUUCUUUAAUGUAAACCUCAGACUCUUCCAGGAAAACUCCAGCAAAACUCUCCCAGAAUUCUGAACCGCAUAGGUCAAAUCAAAUUGUAUUUGUCACAUGCACUGAAUACAACAGGUGUAGGUUUACUUACGAGCUAUUUUCCCAACAAUGUAGUGCAAAAAAACAACAAUUACAAAAAAUAUGAUGGGUCAGUGACGGGUCGCUACAUAUGUAAAAAUCCCCGUAUAAGUGAAACGUUUCUGUAACAUGUAUAACACAUCUGUGAAAUCACUCACAAAAGGCUUGAGAUGUUUAAAUGAAUGAGUAUAUAUAUGUGAGAGACAAUCCAUCAAAUAUACACUCUGAUGACACACAAACAAGUCAGUUAAGAACAAAUUCUUAUUUUCAAUGACGGCCUAGGAACAGUGGGGUUAACUGCCUUGUUCAGGGGCAGAACGACAGAUUUUUACCUUGUCAGCUCAGGGAUUCGAUCUUGCAACCUUUCGGUUACAAGUUCAACACUAACCACUAGGCUAAAAUACAAAAAAAUACAUUCUGAUGACGCACAAACAUUCCUAUACGGAUGUCUUUCUGAAUGAUUCUUUCCAUCAUCAUUUUUCAACAUGCCUGUAUUAUAACCAAUUCAAGAUGAUAUAAUAUUUUGUUUGUUUACUGGUGUUGAUUGUAUUCAUGUAUAAUUGUGUACUGUAACUUGUUAGCAUGGCUUGCAAUACAAAUGUGAAAAUUGUCACUACUGGUCAGUUAACCCACAAUAAUGCACUUUCAUGCCCCAAAUGUGACAGACAAUAUGUAGGUCUACAGUGUGGUUAUAUAGUUCAAUGAUGAAAAGACGGCACACGGUUACAAUAAACGUAUUUGCUAGAUCACAAA